AUCAAACUUUGACAGUUCUGAGUGAGAGUUUCCAAAAGUAGUUUAAUUUGAUGGUGUAUAUUUUAAAGUCUUCAAAAUAAAAGUCUUGAAAUUCUGUAAUAUUUAAAAGUUACAUUCUCCUUGCAAUAAAAACCUGAACCAUGAGUGAAAAAUCAACUAACCCCUAUGACAUGGACAGUGCCAGUUUUGAUCCCGAUCGAUAUCUUCAAAAACUUCUAAAGGAAUGUUCGCUCAAGCAGAUAAUGGACACAGAAGCGGCUAUUGUACGUCAAACGCAAACUUUACACAGCGAUAUGCAAACGCUGGUGUACGAAAAUUACAAUAAAUUUAUUUCGGCGACCGACACAAUCCGGAAGAUGAAAACCGAUUUCAAAAGCAUGGAAACGGAAAUGAAUCUGCUAGUGUCUAACAUGGCUUCGAUCACCGAGGGUAGUGAGAAAAUAACUGAUACCCUGCAGGAGACUAGAAGUCAGCUGACGCGUCUCUCCGGAAAACAUCAGCUGCUAAAGAAAUUACAGUUCCUCUCGUCGCUUCCGGCCAAGCUCAAAACUCUGAUUGAUGAAGGCAACUAUCAGCAGGCCGUACAAGAAUACAGUCAUGCCCAGAAGGUACUUCAGCAGUACGGCAAUCAACCCUCGUUCCAGGGGAUACAAGAAGAUUGUAUUAAUAUUUUAGAAGAUUUGAAAAAGUUAUUGAAGGAAGAUUUUCACAAAACGGGGAAAACUGCUCAGGCUCUGACGCAGAUAGGUGAAUUACUGCUCCAGCUAGGUGAGCGACCAUCCGACUUAGCCAAAGAAAUGCUGGAGUGUGCCACUAAACGAUUGCAUGAACAAAUUGUUAUGCUACAGGAUCAAACCGAUAGAGACAUGAUUGAGUUUAUUGAUUUGGGUAUAGAAGGUUUCUUGAAUGAUUUGACACUGGUCGUCAGCUCGUACAAUGAUAUGUUUUUAUCUAAGCAUAUUGAACAGGAAGCAGAUGAUUUCGACGAGAUCGCUCGUAUGGAUUUGAGCAAUUUUGUUAAUCGAAACAUUGACGAGUAUUUGGCGUUGGUUCAAGACCGUGCAGAGGUUGAGAUUGGACACGGUGAUUCGCAAAUUAUCCUAAGAGGAUUGGAUCGUCUGCAUCGACGGUUGACUGCUAUGCGAUCUCUUUGUCGAGCGGUCGACAUGGCCAAAUCAGGGAUUGAUAUAAUUAUCAACGCUGCCUACCAACUUUGUCAAUCGCAUAAUAAAUCACUGAAGGAUCACUUCUCUGAUAAUUUGAGCUCCAUUCGGCUGGCAUUGGUGUCGGUUAAAUCGGACAGUUCCUCUUCAAGUGCAUCCCAGUCCGGUUUGAAGGAGCUUAUUUCAAAUCUAUUUGUCUCUACGAUGGAGAAAGUCAAAGGACUUUUGCAGGACUUAUUGAUAUUCCAGCAACCAGAAUGGUCUUUCAAUUUAAAAGCGGAUCCGAAAGGAGUAGCCUGCAUUGAGGGUAUUCGAGAGAACCUGUUGGUUGGAUUCCUGCGGCACAUUUCCUCUACAAUGAAUGGGUUUGGGAAUAUCAAUUCUUCCAGUCCGCCAACCUUGUUGCUGAUUUUGUCUAAAAUGUGCCUGGAGAUGGAUAAAAAUGGGGUGCAUGUGUUGAUAUCACUAGUAGAUGAGCUGUACGGUAUAGAUUCAGAGAACAGUACCACGUUGGUGCAUGAAUCAGAGCUUUGUUCUGAGAUGCGAGACUCCGCUCAACUGUUGCUCGAUUCCUACGUUCGGAUGCAGGGUUUAAACUUGAGCCAGAUGCUUCGCAAAAGCGUCGAAACGCGCGAUUGGCUUAAUUGUCUGGAGCCGCGCUCGGUUCGAGCCGUAAUGAAGCGCGUGGUGGAGGAACUGUCGGUGAUUGAGAACAUCCUGGGAGAACUGUACAGUAGUAACGAUUUGCGGACGGCGGCUAGCAGUGAUUCCAGCCGGAAAACGCACUUCAGCUUAACGGCCUCCAAGCAGUCGCAGUUUCGAUCCACCUGGUCGACAUACACACCUUCCCAGAUGGAUAGCAGCUUUGUUUCGAAUAUUCAUCGGUUGUUUUCCGAAAAAAUUGAAAUUUUUAGUUCGGUUGAAUUUACCAAGGUAUCCAUUAUGACUGGCAUCAUAAAGAUCUGCCUAAAGACAUUGCUGGAGUGUGUUCGCCUACGGACGUUUAGCAAGUACGGAUUGCAGCAAAUUCAGGUAGAUGCUCACUAUUUACAGAUGAAUCUCUGGCGGUUUGUGUCUGAUGAAAACCUAAUCCACGUUCAGCUGGAUGAAAUACUUGGCUCAGCGGUGCUGCGCUGCCUUGAACCAAUAUUGAUGGAACCGAAUGCAGUGGAAAUCAUCUGUGAACGGCAUUAACUGUCCAUUCCAUUUUUUCAGUAUAGUACUUAAGAUUUAUUUAGUUUGUUAACAUAUAUGGAUAUUUAUCGUUUAUACUAAUUUUAAUUUGUAGAAUGAGGUUUUCGAAAAUCUCUGAAAAUAGUAAAUAAACCAACUGAGACGUACCGUCUGACAUCAAUAGAUAU